AAAAAGAACUUGUUGUGCUCAGUGUGCCGCCUCUAUGUCAAGGAUCUUCCUCUCAACUAAACUUUGACAUGGAAACUCAACUCAAUUUUCAAUCUAUCUUCAAACCCUAAAUUCCCAAUCAUUAUUCCAUUUCUCUUUUGCAAAUUAACCCUAAAACCUUCAACACACCACAACUCACCAGAGAACCUAAAAUGACAAUGCUUUCUCUAAAAAACCCCAAUAAGCUACUCCCACCCUCUUCCAUUCCCACUCCAAUUUCUCACACUGCACUCUCUUCUUCAUAUUCUUCAUUCACUCUCAGAAACUCUGUUUCACUGAACCCUAGAUUAAGAACCAGUAACACUCAAUAAUUAAACAUAUUAAAAAAAAAAAAGAAAAAAAGAACUCCCUUGCUUUUGCUGUGCUCAGGUGUGCCGCCUCUAUGUCAAGGAUCUUCAUCUCAAGUGAACUUUGACAUGGAAACUCAACUCAAUUUUCAAUCUAUCUUCAAACCCUAAAUUCCCAAUCAUUAUUCCAUUCCCCUUUCGCAAAUCAACCCUAAAACCAUUAACACCCCACAACACACAACAGAAGCUAAAAUGACAAUGCUUUCCCUAAAAAACCCCAACAAGCUACUCCCACCCUCUUCCAUUCCCACUCCAAUUUCUCACACUUCACUCUCUUCUUCAUUCACUCUCAGAAGCUGUGUUUCACUGAACCCUAGAUUAAGAACCAGUAACACUGAACCCCUGCGACGUCGUUUUAGACCCGUUAAAUGUUCAUUUUCAUCUGUUGAUAAUGCUAAGAUUAAGGUUGUUGGUGUUGGUGGCGGUGGCAACAAUGCUGUUAAUCGUAUGAUUGGUUGCGGAUUACAGGGUGUGGACUUUUAUGCUAUAAAUACUGAUGCUCAAGCACUGGUUCAUUCUGCUGCUGAAAAUCCUAUCCAAAUUGGAGAACUCUUGACCCGUGGAUUAGGUACCGGUGGUAAUCCACUUUUGGGGGAACAAGCUGCCGAGGAAUCAAAAGAAACUAUUUUUAAUGCCCUUCAAGGAUCUGAUUUAGUGUUUGUAACUGCCGGUAUGGGGGGUGGUACAGGGUCUGGUGCUGCUCCUGUUGUGGCCCAGAUAGCAAAAGAGGCUGGCUACUUAACCGUAGGUGUUGUUACUUAUCCAUUCAGUUUUGAAGGACGCAAAAGAUCAUUGCAGGCACUAGAAGCCAUCGAAAAGCUGCAGAAAAACGUGGAUACACUUAUAGUGAUUCCAAACGACCGACUUCUUGACUUAGCUGAUGAGCAGACGCCUCUUCAGGAUGCUUUCCAGCUUGCUGAUGAUGUUCUACGACAGGGAGUACAGGGAAUAUCAGACAUCAUAACAAUACCUGGUCUUGUAAAUGUGGAUUUCGCUGAUGUAAAAGCUGUGAUGAAAGACUCUGGAACUGCAAUGCUUGGAGUAGGUGUUUCCUCUGGUAAAAACCGUGCAGAAGAAGCUGCAGAACAGGCUACUUUGGCACCUUUAAUUGGAUCAUCUAUUCAAUCCGCUACCGGAAUAGUUUAUAAUAUUACCGGAGGAAAAGACAUAACUCUGCAGGAAGUGAAUCGAGUGUCUCAGGUUGUGACAAGUUUAGCUGAUCCUUCUGCCAAUAUUAUAUUUGGAGCUGUUGUUGACGAUCGCUACAAUGGCGAGAUUCAUGUGACUAUCAUCGCAACUGGCUUCUCACAAUCCUUCCAAAAGAUACUACUAACGGAUCCAAGGGCUGCAAAGCUUCUUGACAGAUUACCAGUGGGAAUAUAAAGCAACCAAACGUCCCCUCCCCUCAAAGGCUCGGACUUUUCCUCAACAGUUGCAUCUAAAACAUCCCCGCGAAAGCUCUUGUUUUAGCUUCUUCAUUCUUUUGACCCUUUUGUAAAAAUAUUUAAACUUGAAUAUGGUUAUCGUCUCAUUCUUUGAUUGUGGAGAACGCUUUUACAAACUCUUGAAGAAAUUGGCCAUGACUGUGAUUCACGGUGUUAGUGUAACGCAUGUAGCAUUUUUCUCGAAGGAAUGAGUGUGUGUAUAUAAGUUACUAAAAAUGUAUGUUGACAAAGAAGCUUCAUUGUUAAUGUCUAAGGCCAAUGUGUUACA